ACCGACGGUGGAGCUUCACAGUCAUGAAACAAGCGCACCAACGGGGAACAUUAGCAGACAGGCUCAGCGACGUGAGGGUGACACACAAGGAUGUUAUCAUUAUGGAUAAACACGAAGUAGAAUAUUGAUUCAGGACUCUUGGCUGAGAGCAGAUUGUGUGUUGGUUGGAUAUUUUAAGUAAUCUUGAACUCGACUCUGCUUGUGCUGGGGUCUUAAGCUUUUGCUAACUCCCUGUUGUCAUCAGCUGUGCUAUUGUGACUCAGUGGUUUAGUAGAGUGGGAACAUGUCCGAGUCCGGCCACAGCCAGCCUGGGAUGUAUGGGCAGGGACGCAGGAGGAGGCGGCGUCGGGGAGACCGAGAUGUUGGACUCCCGGGGCAAAACCUGUCUGGUCCCAGCCGGGAUCGAGAAUAUCAACCGAGAGAACGGAGGGAUGGGAGUGAGGAUCCUCCCGGUCCACUCAUUCAGAAAACCCCCAUCAUUCUUGCAAAGCCUCCAGGGGAAAGGACCAAGCCAUCACAGAAUGCACCUGUCAGUGGAGCUCCAGUCUUGGAGAAGCCCAUCAUGCUGAUGAAAGCCAGGGAUGAUACAGGGAAGACUGGGACACCUCCGGAGGCAGCAGCUCAGCCCUCUGGUCCUGGGCCCUCUAAGAUGGAGCGAGAAGGACAGCGACCUACACAGCCUGUGUACCAGAUCCAAAACCGAGGAAUGGGUGCCUCCGCAUCUAGCAGUGCUGUGGAUCCCAUGGUUGGACAGUCUAAGCUUCUUCCUCCAGAGAAGAUGAAGCACAGCAUUAAACUUGUUGACGAUCAGAUGAACUGGUGUGACAGUGCCAUGGAGUAUCUGAGAGACCAGACGGAUAUGUUGGUGGUGGGAGUUAUAGGCCUUCAGGGAAGUGGGAAAUCUACGAUCAUGUCACUGUUAUCUGCCAACACCCCUGAGGAAGAUCAAAGGAGUUAUGUCUUUAGAGCCCAGACUCCAGAAAUCAAGGAGAGAGGAGGGAACCAGAGCACAGGGAUUGAUUUCUUCAUCACACAAGAGAGAGUCAUUUUCCUGGAUACUCAGCCGAUGCUCAGCCCAUCUAUUCUGGACCACCUCAUCAACAAUGACCGGAAGUUGCCUCCAGAAUACAACCUCCCUCACACAUAUGUUGAGAUGCAGUCUCUCCAGAUUGCUGCCUUCUUGUUUACUGUGUGCCACGUGGUCAUUGUGGUCCAAGACUGGUUCACCGAUUUAAACCUCUACAGGUUUCUUCAGACUGCUGAGAUGCUGAAACCUUCCACUCCGUCUGCAAGCCAUGACAGCACGGGCUCUUCAGGCACUGAUGAUGGAGCAGAGUACUAUCCUCAUAUAGUGUUCCUCCAAAACAAAGCCAGACGAGAUGAUUUCUGCCCAAGGAAUCUGAAUAACAUGUACAGAGUGGUGGAUAAAUUAAUGACCCAUUCCCAUCUCAAGUACAAAGGUACACUGUCCAUGCUAGACUGCAAUGUCUUCCCUGGACUGAGAGCAGAUUAUCUGUCGCCUGAGGUCAACAUGUUCCUACUUCCUGUGCAGGAGAAUGAUGGGGAGGAUGGUCUGACUAAAGCAGGGUCCGGAACAUACCCGCUCUUUUCCCUGCUCCCGGGGUACAGAGGACAUCCUUCUUUCUCCACCAUGGUUUCCAAACUGCGCAGCCAAAUACUGAGCAUGCCAAGAUGCCAGCUGUCACACACAAUCCUCACCGAGAAGAACUGGUUUCAUUAUGCAGCUCGCAUCUGGGAUGGAGUGAAAAAGUCAUCAGCACUGUCAGAAUACAGCCGUCUGCUCUGCUAACACCACGGUUGAAUUGCCGUUGUAUGCAAUAGUGGUGCGGAGUCUUGUGUGCGGUUUUCACGUCACAUAGAGUAAAAUGUGGUCCGGGUAGUAGAGGCUGCCAAGUGAAACACAGGAGCAUGAUAUGUGACGAAGAGUCAACCUUAAUGCAGGAUAAUGCCACUUUGUGUGGACUUGUAGAUCCUGCAGAGUGUUCGCACACAGAGAAAGGUACCUAUGCUUGUCCUCAGGAAAUUCAGCAGUAACGGCUACCUGCUGUUUGGCAGUGGUUCAAAAGACAAAAUAUUGUCUGUACAUGUCCAAAAACGUUUUUUUGUAAGGCAGUAUUGCCAUGUCGCAACAAUUUUCACGGCACACACAUUGUCUGAGAUGGAUAUAUUGCCUGUGGGUUCUUUUUUUAUUAUUAUUUUCUUUGAAACAAGACUAAAAAAGAAGUAUUGUUUAUCAGUUCAUGAUAAAUAAAAGGAAAACAUCGAGUGUGGAUCUUAAA